AUGGAACGAGAUCUGCGAGGUCGACCGGCGGAGGCGAGAGAGAAUAAACGCCGGGAUGCAGCCAGUUCGGCCGCCAUCGUCAUCAUCUUCUUGCUGGUCGCGUUGAUGCACCUGCUCGCGCUGGCCUCCCACUUCGGAGCCGCCGACCCUCUGAUCUGGUGGCAGCAAAGGGCGUACGCAGCAGAUGACGGGCCUGGCGGCAACGCGGUGGCGCCCAACCAGCUCCUCUCCCCCGACUUGGAAGACAAAAAUCCGGCAGCGUGCCUCAGCCGGCACGAGGCCUCCAGGCGCUGGAAGCCCACGCAGUUCCCUGUGCCCCCCUACCUGGUGGAGAGGAUGAGGCGAUACGAGGCCAACCACCGUCGGUGCGGCCCGCGCACGGCGCUCUACCGCGAGGCCAUUCCGCGGCUCUGGUCUGCCGCCCGCAACGCAGACCACGCCACCGCGGGCGAUCGUCAUCAUACAUGCAAGUAUGUGGUGUGGAUCCCAACCGAGGGCCUUGGCAACCGGAUGCUCAGCCUCGUCUCCACCUUCCUAUACGCGCUCCUCACUGACCGGGUCCUCCUCGUCCAUGAGCCUCCAGAGAUGCAGGGCCUCUUCUGCGAGCCCUUCCCCGGGACCACGUGGCUGCUCCCGCCGGCCGAUUUCCCCCACAAGCUCGACGCCGCCGCCUUCUCCUCCCACUCCAAGGAGAGCUACGUCAACAUGCUCCAUAGCAACAUCAUCCGCUACGGCUACGGCGACGACGCUCGCGCGCAGGUGCUGCCGGCUUACGUCUACCUCCACCUGGAGACCGUGUUUCUUCUCACCGAGAGUGUAAAGCUCCGGCUCCAGAACCACACGUUCUGCGACGAGGACCACCGUUUGAUCAACAAGUUCGACUGGCUGGUGGUCAAGUCCGACAACUACUUUGCGGUGGCGCUGUUCACGAUGCCCAUGUACCGCCGCGAGCUUGACCGGAUGUUCCCGGCGAAAGGGGCGGUGUUCCACCAUCUUGGCAGGUACCUGCUCCGCCCGGGGAACCGGGUGUGGGGGAUUGUGGACAGGUUCUUUGAGGGGUACCUCGCCGGUGCCGACGAGCGUGUCGGCAUGCAUGUGCGCAACAAGCAGAUCUUCCCGGUGCCGCCCGAGAUCAUGUUCGAACAGAUCCUCCGGUGCGCGCGGGAGCAUCAUCUUUUGCCGCAGGUACUAGCCACCAGCGAACCACCAACGGCGGAGGCGAAGAAGAAGAAGAAGAAGAAGAAGGCCGUCGCAGUCCUGAUGCUUUCCCUGAAGCCUGAGUACCAUGACAAGCUGCACGCCAUGUACUACACGAACGCGACGGCGGACGGCAACAUGGUGGUGUCGGUGCACCAGCCGAGCCACGACGGGGAGCAGCAGUCGGACGCGCGGGCACACAACGAGCGUGCCCUGGCGGAGAUCUACCUGCUGAGCUUCUGUGACACGAUGGUGACGACGGGGUGGUCCAUGUUCGGGUACAUCGCGCAGGGGCUGGCUGGGAUUCCGCCGUGGAUGCUGAUGCCGGUGAACCGGAGCAAGAUGAGGGCCGACGUGGUGUGCGUGAGGCCGCUGUCUGUGGAGCCCUGCAUGCAUUCGCAACCGUCAUUGCUCACGUGCAUUGCGGUUCGAUUUGAGCCGGCGUUUUUGUAG